CCUGACUGCAACUUAGUAACCCAUUUCAUUUACAGCUCUCACUGAGGUGAGUUCAAGCUUCUUGGGCGCAUCAAUGGCAGUUUUUGUGAUGGUUUUCUUUGUGAUUUUGGUGCUCUGUAUCUGCACUGCCUUGUUGAGAUGGAAUGAGGUGAGGUACAGGAAGAAAGGACUGCCCCCAGGAACAAUGGGUUGGCCCUUGUUUGGAGAGACUACAGAUUUCCUAAAGGAAGGGCCUAACUUCAUGAAAAACCAGAGAGCAAGGUAUGGAAGCUUUUUCAAAUCCCACAUAUUGGGCUGUCCAACAAUUGUUUCCAUGGAUCCAGAGCUCAACAGAUACAUACUCUUGAAUGAAGGAAAAGGCCUUGUUCCAGGCUACCCACAAUCCAUGUUGGAUAUCUUAGGAAAAAGCAACAUAGCAGCUGUGCAUGGCUCUGCUCACAAGAAAAUCAGAGGGGCAUUACUUAACAUCAUCAGCCCCACCAUGAUCAAAGACCAUCUUCUCCUAAGAAUUGAUGCUUUUAUGAAAUCCCACCUCAGCAACUGGGAUGGAAAAAUUAUUGAUAUCCAAGAAAAAACUAAAGAGAUGGCAUUGCUCUCAUCGCUUAUGCAGAUUGCCAGUGUUGAUGCUGAUUUGAUUAGAGAAGCCUUCAAGCCAGAGUUCCAGAAACUAGUACUAGGAACCAUUUCACUGCCUAUCAGCAUUCCAGGGACAAAUUACCAUAGUGGGUUGCAGGCUAGGAAAAAUAUUGUCAAACUCUGGAGAGAAAUCCUACAGAGAAGACGCGCUUCUCCUAAUACCUAUCAUGACAUGCUUGGUUUCUUAAUUAAAUCUGAAGAUCCUAAGUACAAACUCAAUGAUGAAGAGAUAAUUGAUCAGAUAAUUACAAUCCUAUAUUCUGGUUUUGAGACUGUCUCAACUACUUCAAUGAUGGCUGUCAAGUAUCUCCAUGACCAUCCAAGAGCACUUCAAGAACUCAGGGAAGAACAUUUGGCUAUUCGAAAAGAGAAGGAAUUAGAGGAUCCAAUCACCUGGAAUGACUACAAAUCCAUGAGAUUCACUCGUGCGGUUAUAUUUGAAACUUCUAGAUUAGCUACCGUUGUCAAUGGCGUGCUGAGGAAGACGACACAAGAGAUGGAAUUGAAUGGAUAUGUCAUUCCAAAAGGAUGGAAAAUUUAUGUGUACACAAGGGAGAUCAACUAUGAUCCCAUCUUAUAUCCAGAGCCUUUCACCUUUAAUCCCUGGAGAUGGAUGGAUAAGAGCAUGGAGUCCCACAACUACUACUUGGCUUUUGGAGGUGGAAGCAGGCUAUGUCCUGGGAAAGAAUUGGGUAUUGCUGAGAUAUCCACAUUUCUUCACUACUUUGUCACUAGAUACAGAUGGGAAGAAGUUGGAGGAGAUAAACUAAUAAAGUUUCCUAGAGUUACAGCACCAAAUGGUCUACAUAUAAGUGUUUCAACUUACUGAUUCUUAAAACGAUGUACAAAAAAAAAAUAGUAUAGCAUAUUAAGGAAUUUAAUGCACAAUAGUGGGUUAAAAGAUU